AUGUCGACAAUCAGUGAUUUCCACGCCCACACACUAGCUGUGGCCUCGGUGUAUACCGACCCCACGGCUACUUCCACGCAAACCGGAGAUUCAGACUCCUCGUCGUCUUUUGUGGGAAACACGCCGUCAACAGUGCUUUUCUUUUUGGCCAUGCUGGUUGGCGUCGCCAUAGCGUUUGUGUUCAUUUUCUUCACCAUGAGGUACUUUGUGCGUUCCCGCUAUGCAUUGAGUCAUUCGCCGUCCGACCGUGAGCUUGAUUGGUACUUGACGUAUCUCAGAAAUAAUCAUUUCUUUCGAGAUGACUUUUUCGAAAGACGAUAUCUUUCGGCCGUCGAAGGCCUAGAUGCCUUGGCUGCGGGACGCCGGCGUAGACGGCGUAGAAGAGGAAGGUAUCUGAAAAUGAAGAAGCUUACGAUAGCCCAGGUGGACCGCCUUUUCCCCAAGACAUCAUACGCUGAGUGGCUCCAUAAUGGCGACACAGAAGACGACUUGGCCCUGGUUCGAAUGGACAUGGGAGGUGAACAUGAAAAAGUUAAUGCUACGACGACAGUUCAAGGUGACUUUGAGGUCAUCGAGCUUCGGCGUCUUUCUUCACCUGACCAAACAACUCCUGAUAUCGAUGCCACUUCCCUGGCCACGUCUAAUGUCAAAACCGAGCUUCACUUCGACUCUGGAAGCUGUGCAAUUUGCUUGGAUACUUAUGAACCUGACGAUGUCGUCAGAGGCCUAAUAUGUGGUCAUGUUUUCCAUGCAGAGUGUGUCGACCCUUGGUUGACCCGCCGGCGUGCGUGCUGUCCUAUUUGUAAGAGAGAUUACUACAAGGAGAAUAACAGAGAAGCUAAUGUUACUGAGCGUCCAGAGGGAUUUUUCCACAACACUAAUACCGAGAGGACAGAAGAAAACAGGACAGAAGAAAACAGGACAGAAGAAAACAGGACAGAAGAAAACAGGACAGAAGGAAACAGGACAGAAGAAAACAGGACAGACGAGCACAGAACCGAGGAUCUUUCUCAGCCUCAAGAGGUGGAUUUGGCCGAGGCAGGUAAUACCACCGACCGUGAAACCGAUAAUAAUACGACCCACACAGAAGAAGAUUUCACGAUCAAUUACGAUGUUUUACGAAAUGACCCCAACCUACGCAACCUUCUCAACGAGCUCAUUCCGCUUUCGGAGCGAGCCAAUGCCAUCUUGCGGGCCAGGACACGCUUGAUCUCGAGCUGGCGGCCCAUGUGGUGGCAAACAAAAAGUUUUCUAAUUGCUGGAAGCGCAGAGGAUAUGUUUAAUUGGGCGGUGAUCUCGCUCUACUCCGAGGAACAAGCCCAGCAGGCAGAGGAAGGACGGGACGACGUCAGCCACGACUUCCCUCCGGCUCAGGAAACUGUGCAGAUGGAGCAGAUAGCGCUGACAGAAGCACCCGAGGCACAGCAAAACGAAAGCCGCCAAAGUCCUCGAAGAUCACAGGAAAGCGAAAACAGCGUUUACCACAAUGCUGAGGACAAUACUGAGGAUUUGGCAGAAGCUGCUCGGGAAGUGUUCUCGGAGCAGUAUGCUAGAAGAGACAGAGAGGAGAUUCCUAUUCCAGAUGCUCCUCCUUACAAGGCCCGUGUUGGCAAUUUGCCUUACGAUGCCACUGAGCCCGCCUUGACCCGUUUCUUCGAGGACCGCUUGCAGGCCAGAGAUAUCGUCACCGAUGUGAAGUUGCCUAUGGACAACAUGACCGGCAAGCCCAAGGGAUUUGCCUUUGUCACCUUCAGCGAGAGAGCCGCUUUGGAGGAGGCGUUGAACUUGACCAUGUCGGAGUUCAACGGCAGAAAGAUGUACGUGAACGUCGCUGCUCCACAGAAAACCGAUGUGUUUGAUCUCGACUGGAGACUGGCCAGAGGUCCUCCAGGUGGAGGCAGAAGAGACAGAGAAAGAGAGGAGGUUGACUUGGACUGGGGUGCUGCCCGCUCGUCCGGUCCUGUUGGCGGUGGUGGCAGAGAGAGAGGUCCUCGUGGUCCUAGAAGAGAGGAACCCGACCUUGACUGGGGUGCCGCCAGAGGUUCUGGAGUGCUUCCACCCAGAGAACCCAGAGAGAGAAGAGCCAGACCCGACGAGCCAGAGCUCGACUGGGGCAGUGCCAGAAACGCCUCGGGACCUUUGCCUCCCAGAGAAAGAAAGCCCAGAAGAGACGAGCCCGAGUUGGACUGGGGUGCUGCUCGUGGAUCCACUGGUCCCUUGCCUCCACGUGAGAGGCUGAACAGAAAGCCCAGGGAGGACACCCUCGACUGGAGCAGAGGAGGCGCCGCCACCAAAAAGAAGGACGAGAAGGAGUUUGACUGGAAGAGAGGCCAGGCUUUGGAGCCUCGCAAGAAGGAGACUCCCAAGAAGAAGGAGGAGGCCGCUGCUGGCCCUCAGAAGUCGUUGUACGAUGUUUUGUCUGUGGACGACGACGAGGACGACGAGGAGACGGGGCUCGAGCAGAAGGUGGCCGACGUGAAGUUGGAGUAA